CCCUUUGGUUUGUCUUUUAGUGAACGCGCCGGCGUUGUCACCGGUGUUGCCUGCAAUAUUGCUGCGCUUCUCGGUGUCCUUUUACGUCCCUUCAUGCCGUCUUACUCUGAUGAGAUUUUCAAGCAGUGCAAUGUCCCACCGACACUGAGAAGCCUCAUCUCUAUCGUGCGCAAUGGCGGUCACACCAUAUGUUUCCUCCCACAGGGUCAUGUAAUCGGAGAGCCCGCGCCGCUGUUCAAGCGAAUUGAACCCGAGGACGUUAAGCGCUUCCAGAAGAUGUAUAGUUCCGACUAG